AUGCGUCUAUCCAAGGUACUGAUGGACGGGGCCAGCAGUCUCAACAUCCUCUACAUCGACACCUUGGAAGCCAUGGGAAUCCCACAAGCCUACUUGCGGGAAUCCCUCUUCCCCUUCUACGGCAUCUUGCCGGGCAUGAAGGCAUACUCGGUCGGCAACAUCGACUUACUGGUCACGUUUGGCAGCAAAUCCAACUUCCGCACCGAGACCCUCACAUUCGAGCUCAAGCUGCCGGGCCCGAGCGGUGUCAUCACCGUGAGCGGCUCCUUCGAACAGGCCUACGUAAGCAGUUGUGAGUACUAUGACCUCGCCACCACCGCGGCAAACUCGGUUGAGCUUGGCCAGCUUCGCGCCACCACCGUCGAGUGCCGCCCUGACCAUGGAAAGCCUAGCCAGGCACCGGCCUUCGUCUCAACCGACGAGACCAAGUCGGUCACGGUCGAUGACACCGACCCCACCAAGACGGUGCGGAUCGGCUCCUAG